AUGGCGGCUGAUCUUCGAGAAAUUGUUAUUGAUUUGACAGGAAAUACUGAAAAUACGGAAAGGGAGAAAAAGUUUUGGAAUGUAAACGAGGUGGAAAUGAAAUCUACUUUUGAGCGGGAGUGGAUAAAGGCGAUCAGGAGAGCGAGACGCCGACCGAAUUACGGCAUGGGAAACAUGAAUAGUGGACUGGAGGAAAUAUGUGGGAACAAGCUUGAGCUGACCGGCCCGUUAAUUGACAGUUACCUUUUGGAGAUCGGUAAUCAAGUAUCUGCGAAGUUAACCCGAUCAAAGGCAACAUCUCUGGCUAGCCCUGUUAUCCUUUUUGUACCUUGGCCUGUAUUUCGCCACAUUACAGUGCUGUUUAGAGGAUACGGCACUGAAGUGACCUUCGAUAAUCGAAAAUCGAAGGUGAUCUCUACGUUCAACCUCCUUGAAACGGCGGAAAAGAUAUUUUCGCCGGCUCAUUUUGAAGGACAAGAUGUCCUAAGGAAGCGACAUUUCAGUGGCCAACCUGACAAAAACGGCAAAAUGAGAUCUGUUUACAAAGGCAGAUCGGCUGUGGCUAUUUCCCAAACAACUCCUUUUUGUUUUGAUUAUAAUCUUAUAAAUCAAAAGGUCACUGUCACAUUCUACAUUUAG